GAUGCUCCAUGACAAAGCCAGCUCACAUGUCCAUGUCCAGAACAAUGGAUCUCAUGGAAUGGAGGCUGGGGAGAGGACUCCCUGCAUUUACUGCUCCUGUGGGGGAAGAAGUCAUUGUCAUGCUCCAGUAAGAAUACUAAAGUGGGCCUUGGGCCAACAUGAAAUGGGUCAGAUGCUACUAAGCUUAAAUAAAUCAGAGAUGUGCAAGAUCCCCGUGAAGGUAUUUCUGCAAGCCCCACCAAGGAGGAAGUAGGUGGAGAGAGGAUGUGUAUUGCCUUGCUCUCCUGGUGAAACCUGGGCCACUCCCACACUUCCUGGAGGUCUGUGUCAAUCCAGAGAAGUCUGUUCCUCAGAAGAGCAGCAUCGCUGGGGCCAGCAGGCCAGAUUGGAUGCAAGACCAUGUCCCUGGUUGUUCCCACCCUGCUCUGUCUUGGUGAGUCUGGGAGAGAAGGGCCCAGCUACAAAUACAAGGCUACAGGGUGCAGGGCUGCUGAUUCUAGAAGGCUGAGCUGUCUCACCUGCUGUUUCCUCCCAGGGUUGUAUCUAGGCCAGAAGACUCAGGCACAAAAGGGAACUCUCCCACGACCUCAUAUCACAGCUCUACCAGGAUCCAUAGUUCCACCUGGGGAUCCUGUGAUGAUCCUGUGCCAAGGGCCCGCAGAGGCUGAAGCAUACGUGAUAUCUAAAGUGAGUAGCCCUGAGCCCUCAGAUGAAGAGAAGCAACUGCUACCUAAGAAAAGCAACACUUUGAGUAUCGCGGAGAUGACACCACCUUGGGCAGGGCUGUACCACUGUUCCUAUAGCAGUGGAGAGAGAUGGUCCCAGUUCAGCGACUUCCUGCAGCUGGUGAUGACUGGAGCUUAUGAAAAACCCUCCCUCUCAAGCAUGACUGGAACUGUGGUGGCUUCAGGGGAGAAUGUGAAGUUGCGGUGUUUCUCAACGCUCAAGUUUGAUGCAUUUAUUCUUAUGAAAAAAGAAGGAGGUCACACCAUUCAGAAGCGAAGCUCAAACUCCCAGGAUGGAGGACACCAGGCUGUCUUCCUGUUGAAUCAAGUAUCCUCCACACAGGCCGGGACCUACAGAUGCUAUGGUGUCUUCAGCCAUUACCCCUAUGUGUGGUCUCACCCCAGUGACCGAUUGCAGCUUCAGGUCAGAGCCCCAUUUGCAGAAGCUCCUGAAGCUCCUGAUCCCAUGAACUCCACAUAUUUUCUUGCCCCAUUUGCAGAAGCUCCUGAAGGUCCUGAUCCCACGACGUCCAGACCUUCAACUGGUGAGUAACUGAGUUUAGAUGGAAAACUGAAAAAACAUUCAGGUAGACGAGAGGAAGAAAACCACUCUGAUUUCAUCCCAUUUUCAGGAGCUCCUGGAGAUCUGUACUCCACGAAGCCCAGACAUUCAACUGGUGAGUAACCGAGUUUA